AUGGCUCUCUCCGUAUCCGGCUACUCGCCCAGUUUCAAGAAGCCCCCUGAGAAAUUGCGGCUCCGCCGGAAAAGAGCUUGGAAACACGGGGCUACCGCCUCCCGGACUCCGGAGCUGGCACCCCGACGCGCCGCGCGGGCCGCAGGACUACCUCUCCGCCCCUUCCCGGCGGUGGGGAACACAGGGAGCGGAACCCCGGGCCGGAGGAACCCCUUCGCCCUCCUGGACAACAGGCCGGCGGCCGCCGCCGAAGCCCUCGACGGGCAGCCCCGCGGGCACCUUGAAGCGUUAGGCCGGGUUUUAGAUUCUAAUCAAGAAAAUGAUUUGCUAUGGGAAGAAACGUUUACUGAAAGAACAACCAAUGUUCAUUUACCCAAGACUCUGAAACUUUCUCCAUCUGAAACUGAUAUUCCAUCCUCGGAAAGUACUGAGUUACCUGUGGAUUGGAGUAUUAAAACUAAACUCCUUUUCACAUCUUCUCAACCCUUUGCCUGGGCAGAUCAUUUGAAAGCACACGAAGAGGCUCAAGGUCUUGUCCAGCACUGUAGGGCAACAGAAGUUACCUUACCUCAAAGUAUACAGGAUCCCAGACUCUCCACUGAGCUCCGCUGUGCCUUCCAGCAAAGCCUCAUCUACUGGCUCCACCCUACCUUGCCAUGGCUGCCACUGUUCCCUCGUAUUGGAGCAGAUAGAAAAAUAGCUGGAAAGACAAACCCUUGGUCAAAUGAUGAAACCCUGCAACACAUUUUAAUGAGUGACUGGUCUGUGAGCUUUACUUCUCUAUAUAAUCUACUGAAAACAAAACUUUGCCCAUAUUUCUACGUUUGUACCUAUCAGUUUACUGUCCUGUUCCGGGCAGCAGGAUUUUCAGGAAGUGAUGCCAUCACAGCUAUCUUAUCUCCCACAACGAGAGGUUUAAGAGAAGCUAUGAAGAAUGAAGGUAUUGAAUUUUCUCUGCCUCUAAUAAAAGAAAAUGUCUGUAAGAAGAAAGCCUCUGGAACCAGCUUGGGACGUGGAGAGUAUCAAGCAAUCAGUGAUGAGGAUGAAGAGGAAAGUUUUUCCUGGCUGGAAGAAAUGGGUGUGCAAGAUAAAAUUAAAAAACCAGAUAUACUCUCUAUCAAGCUGCGUAAAGAGAAACAUGAAGUACGAAUGGAUCACAGGCCUGAGUCUGUUGUAUUGGUGAAAGGGAUCAACACUUUUACAUUGCUUAAUUUUUUGAUCAACUGUAAGAGUUUAGUUGCCACCUCAGGUCCUCAGGCAGGACUUCCACCAACUCUGUUAUCCCCUGUAGCUUUCAGAAAUGCCACAAUGCAGAUGCUUAAGGCACGAAGUGUAAAUGUGAAGACACAAGCUCUUUCUGGAUACAAAGAUCAAUUUAGUUUGGAGAUUACAGGUCCUAUCAUGCCUCAUUCUCUACAUUGUGUGACCUUGCUACUCAAAUCUUCCCAGGGUGGGUCUUUCUCAGCAGGACUGUAUACACAUGAGCCAACUGCUGUAUUUAAUAUCUGCCCACAAGUGAAUAAAGUACUAGAUAAGGAGAGUGUUCUUAAGGAGCUUGCCAAUUGUGGGUUGCAUCCCAAGACCCUGGACCAACUCAGUCAAAUACCAGUACUGGGGAAAUCAUCUUUACGGCAUGUGGAAAUGAAUGACUACAUUUAUAACUGGAGAUCCUGA